AUGUUGAAGCCGGUUCAAGUCCGCCUUUUGUUCUUGGAUAAUCCAAAAAACCCACCUGCCGCAAGAGGAAGCUCUGCAGUUUCACUCAAUGUGGUCAAGGAUCACUACCCUGCUUUGACGACUGAAGAACUCGACAAAACACCGGAAGAUCAGAUUCUAUUUUUCUGGGCUGACUCAGCGCGUUUUCGAGUGACGGAACCCAUCAAGUCAGACGUCUGGCAGCCUGGCUGGAACCCACUUGAGAAAAACCAACACGCAUACUAUGUCCAGCAUAUCAUUGACUCUGAUGGCAGCGUAGUUGGCGAAACCGGCCGAUGCAAUGAAAGCUUUGCUACUGGUGCAAGUAAGACCGGAGAAUACGAAUUCAUAGUCAUUGCAGAAAAUACGGCGCCUCCAGAUUUUGAGAAAAAGCGAGUUGCACUGCAAGUUGCACGGGGACCUGACGGGGUCGCAUACCGUAUCAACAUUGCCGAGAUCAGUCAGAUUGGGUGGGAGAACGCAAGAGUGACUCAUGAGUUGAUUGCACUGGGAAGCGAGGAGAGAAUGUCGUAG